AUGCCUGUACUGCAGGAACUGAAAGAACGGCGUAUCCAGACUGACUGUUAUGCCGAGUCCCUGCAGAAUGCCAUAAAGAAGGAGGAGAGGGAACUAACAACUUCCAGGCACCUGCAGGGCCUUCUGGCCACGUCUUCUGGAACUGCGGCUAUCCCAGAGCUGGAAGAACGCAUGCAACGCAUGCAGAGGCUCAUCGCACUCCUCAGGAGGGUGCGGGAGCGGCCGCCGUCCGGCAGCGCUUCCGCGCCCUCCGCCGCCGGGGCCUCCGAGCUCCGGGAGAAGGGCCGGGGCGGGCUGCACAGCGCGGCCGCCAGCGGUGACCUGGCCCAGCUGCAGCGGCGCUGGUGGCGGAAGAGACUCCGCAUCAACGGGCGGGACGCGCAGAAGCAGACGCCUCUGCAUCUUGCUUGUGCGAACGGCCAUGCAGAUGUCGUUCGAUUUCUAGCAGGAAAGAAGUGCCAGCUAAACCCUCGUGACAAUUGGAAGAAAUCGCCGCUGAUGAAGGCAGUAGAGGGCCAGCACAAGGACUGUGUGGCUAUUCUGCUGGAGCACGGUGCCAACCCUGACCUCAGAGGUGCUGGCGGCAACACUGCCCUUCACCUGGCUGCCGUCAUUCCCAGCAAAUCUCUAGUGGAGCUGUUACUUGAGCACAAUGCCCAUAUUGACGCUCGGAAUAAGUUGGGAUACACUCCGCUUACUCUUGCGAUCACCGAGCACUGUGAAGAGAUGGUCGAGUUCCUUCUUCAAAAAGGAGCUGACGUGCAUGCUCAAGAUAACAAUGAAAGGAGCGCUCUUAUGAUUGCUGCUGUUGCUGCGAAUGUGAAUGUAAUACGACUUCUUCUUCAGCACGGUGCUGAUCCUUCUCAGGCAGACUGCUUUGGCAGCACAGCUAUGCGUUAUGCA